UCGAAAAGAGAAAAUAAGAAAUUUUGAAAGUGAUUGUAGUCUCUUCUGGUUGUGCAGUCUCCUUUCUUUGUCUUUCUCAUAGUUAUUAGUGAGCCAUGGCUCUUUUGUCACUAGGCUGUCGCAGGCUACUUUCUCCCAAGCCGUUGGCGUCAGUCAGGACUUACGUGCCAUAUGUCAUUGAGCAAUCGGAGCGAGGCGAUGAGAGGGUUUACGACAUAUUUUCCCGCUUGAUGAAGGAACGAAUUGUGUGCGUAAUGGAAUCGAUCAACGAUCAUGUGGCCAAUCGAGUAGUGGCACAGUUGCUCUUUCUUCAGAAGGAGAGUGGUAGUAAACCUAUCAACAUGUACAUCAACUCUCCCGGUGGUGUCAUCACGUCCGGACUUGCUAUCUAUGACACAAUGCGCUACAUCCAGCCGCCAGUGUCGACAUGGUGUGUCGGCCAAGCAGCUAGUAUGGGCGCUGUGCUCCUUGCGGCAGGAGAGCCUGGCCAGCGGCACUCCCUGCCCAACUCCAGAAUCAUGAUUCAUCAGCCUAUUGGUGGAGCUCAGGGUCAAGCCACCGACAUUCGCAUUCAAGCCGAGGAAAUGGCCAAGACACGUGCAAAGAUGAACGAGAUUCUUGCCUUCCACACUGGUCAAUCAGAGCAGCACAUUGAUGAGGUGACAGAACGAGACCGCUUCAUGUCUGCUGAGGAGGCACGGGCAUUUGGUCUAAUAGACAGUGUGGUCGGUAAGACAUCGCCGGAGAAUACGCAGCCUCGCAGUCGCAUUGAAAUAUGAAACACAUGUUUCUGCAGCCGCCGGCGUGCCUAUGGUCUGUAGGUGACCUACACAGUGUGCGCAGCGUGCUGGAGUGAUCAAGCUACAGAAGAGUCUGACAGACUGCUUGUCCUUUCCACAUUGCCAGUCGAUGAAGAAUUUGACAGACUGCUUGUCCUUUCCACAUUGCCAGUCGAUGAAGACUGCUUGUCCUUUCCACAUUGCCAGUCGAUGAAGCACGACUGUUUACCAGAGAGAUGUGUACAACUGGUUUGUACACCACCCUGUUGCCUACAAGCUCUUCUUCCUCCAAGCCGUCAUCUACUGAGGCAUGCAUUGUCACUAUCUGCAAAUGACCAAAGCUUGAGCAGAGGACUUCCAGUGUUGUUUUGAAUGUUGCUUAUCGCAAUAACAGCGGGCAGCUCCAUUUAGCCCAGGGGGAACUCCAGUUGGGCUUCUGCUACAGGGCAGAUUCUGCAAACUGUAUCAACAUUUGACAACCGAAUCAAUUUACAUGAGUUGUGAUCUGAUCACAAUUUAAUAUCAUCUAUUAUAGAAAAGGAACUUGGCAGAGGCACUCUUCUCCCGUAUGGUCAUGGCUACUGAUCUUGCCUUUCCUAACCGACGAUCUUCACCAGCUAUUGUUCUUUUUCUUCAAAGCCCAUGUAAAUAUGUACAUUGAAGUUGA